AUGCCUGACGCCGAAGCCUCGACGUCGGCCUCGAGCUCGGUCUCGGUGCCGACACCGCAGUCUGAAACCGCAGGCCCCGAAUCCAUAGUAGCAGACGUUGAUACUUGUCGAAUAUGCCGAGGUGAACAAACACCCGGGGAACCGCUGUUCUACCCCUGCAAGUGUAGCGGAAGCAUCAAGUACGUCCAUCAAGACUGCUUGAUGGAAUGGUUGUCACACUCGCAGAAGAAACAUUGCGAACUUUGCAAGACACCUUUUCGCUUCACCAAACUCUACUCGCCGAAUAUGCCCAAACGUCUUCCAUUCUACGUCUUCGCCAGUCACAUGGCCAAGUAUCUAUUUCGAAAUAUCCUGGUUUGGCUGCGAGCUGCCUUGGUAACUAGUGUCUGGCUGGGCUGGCUUCCUUACCUUAUGCGGAAGACGUGGUCGUUUUUGUUUUGGCUUAGUGACGAGGGUUUUGGCCAGGGCCCAUACUCGCUCUUCGAGGCAAGGAACUCUACGGCAGCUCAACUUCACGCCAUCGCCACGGCCCAGGGCCUCGAUAGUACCACCUGUCCUUCCAGUCCGCUCUACCCGGCUACCACAACCGCUGCCUCUAAGAGAGACAUUGCGGAGCGGUUGCCUAAUGUCCUGCGCGCAUUAGGGCAGCCCUUAAACGUGACGGCGAGCAACACUUUCGUUGCUUCCAUCGCACGCUUCCUCUUUGGCGAAGUCGCCUCGACCUCUGCGAAAGCCACGAAGCUGUCCCUGAAUACCACACAAACAGUUGAGCUCACAGCCCCUGUCCAUUCUCAGCAUUCUUCUCUCCUGGGCGACGUCGGAUUGUUGAAGAAUCUUACCCGGCACCCCGGCAUCAACCGAACCGUCAUUGCCGUGCUCGAGGGCCAGAUUAUAACGAUUCUCGUUAUAGUGUGCUUCAUCCUGAUCAUCCUGGUUCGAGACUAUGUGGUGCAGCAGCAACCCGAGAUCAACAUGCGCGCUGCCUUUGCGCAACACGAGAACAAUGUCAAUGGGGCUCCCAUAGAGGCACCGCACCCUGAGCUGCGUGGGCCAGACUCGGAUACGGAUGAAGGCCCCGGAGAUAACGAUUCUGUUACUGCCCAGUAUGAUGACAGGGAGGAUCAGCUGCCUGCUGGGCAGAGAAGGGGGGAUAUGGUCGAUCCGCAUGACGCCCAGCUAAGAACUAUGCAUGCAUUUAGACCACGCCUUCCACGUACAAGUACCCACGAAGAUGCUCCCAACGGCAAUGCAUACCGUGUUGACUCACACAAUCAAGACCAAAUUGCGGACUUGCUCCAGGCAGCACCAGGAGAUGAUUCCCAGAGUACCGUCCACCAGUAUUUGCGCAUCUAUCGACAAGCUGGAGGUGAUCAUCAAAAUAUUCUCCGCAUUAUUCGCGAGGAAGGCCUAGACGAGCGCCUUGCAUACUGGGUCAGCGUCACACAGGAGAUGCUGAAAAUGGCCAAUGAAUCCAAUGAAGGUAAUGGCGACGCAGGCCGAGCUGCCACACCCCCCGUGGAGCAGUACCAAAUUGGCCGAGGGUUCCCCACAACUUCCUCAUCUGGCGAAAAUCGAGUGCAAGACGAUGCUGAUGAAGAUGAGGUCGAGCCCACUACGAUGUGGGCUCGUGUUUGCGACACCGAGCCGGAUCAAUUCGAAGACCUCAAAGGCAAAGGGAAGGCGACUGAUGAAUAUCAGAAUACAUCAGAUGGAAGCUUAUCUGAUUGGGAAUCACCAUGGGCAUCAACUACGGCAGAGUCGCAGUGGCCCUCAGCCCAUAGACCACGUGCUGUCUCGGAUGGCCCCCAGCGCCACGAAGCUAUCAACCCCCUCGCCAAUAAUAGCUGGUCUUUUGCAAAUCUACCGGCUAACGGCAAUAGAGUACCAGCAGAUACGAUGGAGACCGAAGACGGGAACUGGAAAGACCGUGCGACUGAAUCAAACCCCUUCGUUCGCAACGAUGGCUUUACGAUGAAUGGUAUUUUGCCUGGUGAAAGUGCCGGCGCGCUGACCAGUGCACACGGAGACGACCAUGCAGCGAUAGCUCUUGACGACGAAGCCCCUGAACAAACCGAAUCAUCCCGAGAGGAGGAUGCGGGUUCUAUUGGGCUUCCAGACACAGCUGCCGAUCCUGUCAAUGAAGAUGUUCAGACGCCACCCGUAGCCCGUCAGCCUGCCGGACUCGUAGACAGAGUAGCUGAAUUCAUGUGGCGCGAUGUUGAGGCUGGGGAUGCUGAUGGCGCUGAAGCCGUCCACGCCCUUGAAUUAUUUGUUGACGAUGAGGAUGCGCCAUUUGCUGAUGCACUGCACAACGACGAAGACGAUGAUGAUGUUGAUGAGAUGGAUGCGGAGGUGGUAGAAGCUGCUGUCGCCGCUGGCAUCGAUCCGGAGGCUCUUGAAGACGCCGAAGAUUUUGACGGCAUUAUGGAGCUCAUUGGCAUGCGAGGGCCAAUCGCUGGUUUAUUCCAGAAUGCCAUCUUCUGCGGCUUCCUCGUGUCCAUCAGUAUCUUCUUGGGGAUUUUCAUACCCUACAAUCUCGGGCGGCUGGCUGUCUGGGUGAUUGCCAACCCAACGCGCAUCCUUCACAUGAUCUUCAGCUUUUCGAAAUUUGUCCAGGAUCUAGUGCUCAUGUUUGUCGGGUGGACAGCACAUAUCAGCUUUGGCUUCCUCGACUUCAUGCGUCGGCUCUUCAGGAUCGAUGAGGGUGCCAGCAUGUUUCAAAAUGCUGUUGCAGACUCCAAGAUGCUUAGCAGCAGUUCAUUUAAUCGGAUCAUGGACAGCUUCAUGUCAGAGCUGCCGUUCAUUACGGCAAGUGAGAUGCGGAACUUCUCGGCUAUCAGCCAUGAAGCUCUUAUCUCGGUGAAGGGGGAGAUACAUCAGUUUCUCUCGGGCAUCGUAAGUGCUAUCACGUUCGUGCUGGGCGGUAAUUACGCUUCCAAAUGGACAGUUGUAAGGAUGGAAACUACAGCAGCAGCACCGCUGGCUUGGGAUACCCUGAAGAACAUGACUGUGAUUGCUACGCAGCCCAGUUCAUGGGUCAUCAACCUGGACCAGCCCGAAUCGACCACAGCAAUCGACCCUGUGCUAGCAUACUGGGGCGCGAAAGACCGUACUCUCGCCAUUCUUGGCGGGUACCUUGCCGUAUCUAUUGUUGCUGGUCUAUACCUCGGCCGCGGAACACCUUUCUCUUCGAGCCAGACAGCGCAAGACUGGGAAGCCAGCGUCAUAGAUGCCCUCAAUCAGGCCAGUGGCGUGAUGAAGGUGAUUCUGAUUAUCAGUAUCGAGAUGCUCAUCUUCCCGCUUUACUGCGGUUUGUUACUCGACUUCGCUCUUCUGCCUCUCUUCGAAGGCGUGAGUUUGAAGAGCCGACUACUCUUCACUUAUAAUUAUCCACUCACGUCGAUCUUUGUACACUGGUUUGUAGGGACGGGAUAUAUGUUCCACUUCGCGCUGUUUGUGAGCAUGUGCCGUAAGAUCAUGCGCAAAGGCGUCUUGUAUUUCAUCAGAGAUCCUGACGAUCCGGAAUUCCAUCCCGUUCGUGAUGUUCUCGAACGCACUGUCACCACUCAAUUGCGCAAGAUCUUGUUUUCGGCUUUCGUUUAUGGGGCGCUCGUGGUCAUCUGUUUGGGCGGUGUCGUCUGGUCGUUGUCUCUCGCCCUUCCACAUGUCCUGCCCAUUCACUACAGUUCCAACGAACCUGUGCUAGAAUUCCCCAUCGACCUGUUGUUCUAUAACUUCUGCAUGCCCCUUGCCGUCAAGUUCUUCAAACCGAGUGAGGGAUUGAGCUUGAUGUACAGCUGGUGGUUCCGCAGAUGUGCCAGGGCGUUGAGGCUGACUUGGUUCCUGUUCGGCGACCGAAGAAUUGACGAAGAGGGUAUAUUAGUACUUGCUGACGAGGAAGCGAAGAACCUACCAUGGUACCGCAAGAUUUUCCUUGAGCUCCGUGAGGAUAGCAACACCGUCGCUCCGACGUCGUGGACCCACAUCAUCGAAGGCCACACACAGUUCAAACCUGGAAAAGACAAGCCGGCGGGACAUAUUCCAGCUGACAAAAUGAUUCCCAUGACCGUCGCCAAGAGGAACGUUGUCGAAUCUGGUCAACUGAUCCCAAAUGGACGAUUUGUUCACACGCCAGCUAGUGAUCAGGUUAAGAUCCCGAAGGGCCAUGCCGUAUUUCACGAGUUUGAUGAACGUGAUAUCUCUUCCGAUGGCUCUACAGAAAACAUUACGGAACUUUUCAAGGACGACAAGCAUUACCAAUUCGUUUACAUACCACCACACUUUCGCCUGCGGAUAUUCCUCUUUAUCCUCUCCAUCUGGCUGUUUGCGGCCAUUACUGGCGUGAGCUUCACCAUUGUCCCGCUUGUUUUCGGGCGGAGGGUAUUCAAAGCCCUGAUUCCGGCGCACAUCAGAACAAAUGAUGUUUACGCGUUCAGUAUUGGCGUAUACAUCCUCGGCUCGCUCUGCUACGCUUCGUGGCAUACACGCUUGAUCUUUGCCAGGAUGAGAGAAUGGGCUGCAGCUGUCAAUGGACGGCUUCCAAAUAUUGAUUCUGAAGCGGUCAACAACGCGACGGCAAUCGUUAAGCAUGCGGCAAAGCUUGCGUAUACUUACAUAACGCUCCUCGUGGUGUUCCCACUCCUAGUGACGCUGUUGGUGGAGCUCUACAUCCUCAUGCCCAUACAUGCCUGGAAGGCCUCCUCUCCCGACUCAGCGUCACGGAUACAUUUCGCCAAUGCUGAGAACGCGCACACCAUUCGUGUCAUUCAAGCCUGGACCCUGGGUCUUCUUUACCUGAAGCUUGGUGCGAGGGCACUGACGCUGUGUGGUGGCCGACCCGCCCAGGCGGUCAGAGCCGUAUUUAGAAGGGGCUGGACUGACCCCGACGUCGCCGUACUUACCCGGGCCUUUGUGCUUCCUGGCCUCGUCAUCUCUCUCCUUUUGAUCUUUGUCCCUCCCAGCACAGCGCACACUCUUCUGCGCUUCGGCUUGAUAGAGCACCCUGACGGUUGGGGCUCGGCUGGAACGGAAAAUUGGACCGUCUCGGUCUUCAGAUACAGCUACCCUGUCACCGCAUCAAUCGCACUUAAUCUUUGGAUUCUGAGUGGGGUUGUGCAUAUCCUCGCCGGCUGGAAGGCCAGGGUCAGGGACGAGGCGUACUUGAUUGGUGAGAGGUUGCAUAACUUUCAGGUUAUUACGCUCCCGUCUAAUUUGGCGGCGGGGAAGGGGACGAGGAAUGGCGCCUGGAGGAAUGGUGCGAGAUUGUGA